CAGUUACUACCCGGGCUCCGUGGCUCGCAACAAGCACCACCUACCUACGGGAGCUCAAUUGGCGUGCGGGUUCCGUCAAGUAAAUCCCCGACUGACAACGUGGAACAACGUCGAGUACGACCACCACCGCCGCUGCCGACGUCGACUUGCGCGCAUUGACGACAACGACUACGAACAAACAAACCGCCCGCCCGCCCGCCCGCCCGCCAUGGCAGCCAGGCACAGGCAGAUGCUCCCGCUCACGCGCCGCCUCACCCUCGCCACAUCCGCCUCCGGCCCCAGCACAACGAGCGCACGCCUCCCCCUCACAACGAGAACCUUGCCGGUCGUCGUCCCCCUACUACCUGCGGCGACGACGAGGCGAUGCUACGCCAGCGGCAGCGGCAGCGCGUCAAAACAGCCGAGCGCGACGUCCCAAUUCUACAAGACCUUCACCCGCCCCAUCGCCAAGGUGCUACUCCUCGCCGUCUUCACGUACCAGGUCGUGUACUGGUCGUGGAUGAAGCUCGAGGCGGAUGAGGUCCGCGAGGAGAGAGACGCGACGAUUGCGGAGCUCGAGGCCACGGUUGGCGCGUACGACAAGAAGAAAAAGGGGGAGGAUGGGGAGAAGGCCGGUGCUGAGGGGAAGACGAAGACGCCAUGAUGCGCAGCGAAGCGACACGGUUCGAUGCGAUGGCGACGCGAUGCCAUGCGAUGGACACAAGGGUGGCAUGAGGGGGAUGCGCAGCGCCCACGUGGAUUGCUAUCUGAGUACGGAUGAAGUCAUGAACAUCUGCCGAGAUGAUGGCAUGUUAUCGGCCGGUGAGAAAGGGGUGCAAAUUUACGCGCAUCCCACAAAAAGAUGGGAUAAACCAGACGCGGCCACGCACGCACGAGGACGAACUUUCAGGAGAUACCACGGAGGGAAAUCAUUGCGGCAAUCUGUGCCGCGCAUGUACACUAAAAUCCAGCAGCGACGAUACGCGCUCAGCCUCCCCAGCGACCGACGGGGCCACCCACUAAUCUAUCUACCUACUCGACCACCAGUGACCC